CUUCACGUUAGGUAAUAUCUAAAGGUUGAAAAACUCUCUUACUCAUCUUUUACUAGUCUUAAUAAUACAGUUUUGAUUGUGAAAUAGAUGCAUAGCACGGUGUUUAUCAGAGGAAAUGCGGACUUGCGUUGAUCAUUGUGUGGGACUUGCAUCAUGAUGAGCUGACAGCAGCACCGGCACUAAUUUCUGGAAAAACUAGAAUUGAACCAAAUCUGAAGCUGAAUAAACAGUCUCUGAAGAAGCUUCUAGUAUUGUGAAUUCUUUAAAUGAUGUAAAUCACAAUAAUGGCAGAGGGCAAUUCCUCAAAGGACAUACCCCGAGGGCUAAUCAGCAGAAGGGGUCUGCCCUCAGGGAGAGGAACUAGACUGCCUUCAAUAGGGAAGCCUAGAGACCUUACAUUAGGAGGAGUACCAAAGAAAGUUUUUACCCCCAACAUCCCUGCUAGGAGAGAUAAGAGUGCUGACAAAACUGAAGAGAAAGGAGAAGGGAAGAAGGAAGGAAAACAAAAACCAGAGAAAUCUGGAGGAAAAGAUGAGCGAGGUAGAGGCAGAGGACGUGGCCGGGGCAGAGGAAGGGGGCGGGGCCAGGAUGUCAUUCAGUCCCACUCCAUCUUUGAACAAGGCCCAACAGAGAAGAUGGCAAAAGGUUCUUCAGUAUUUGAGAGUUAUGGAGGAUCAGGGCCUAAAUCUGGUGGGGGAGGGGGUGGAUCUUCAGCAGGUGGAUCUAAGCUGGGCGUGAAGAAAGAGAGGUCAGAUGAAGAAACAAAGGAAGUCCUGGACUAUCUUCUGAAAGAUGAUUUUAUUGCUGGUCCCCUUUCUGAGGACAAGGACAUGGCACCAGUCCACUUACCUCUCUGUAUUGUAGAGGACAUCAAACCUGCUGUUAAAAUUGAAGCAGAUUCUGGUGAUGUGGAAAUGACAGAAAGUGUUAAAGCCAAGGUGGACAUAUCUGUUAAAAUUCCAACCAAAGCCAAGCUGGCCCAGGAGACCUGUCAACACAUGUUCUCUUCACUAAGUAGUGGGGACCCAAACCAGAUGGUGUUUGUCCAGUUUCCUGACGUUAUGCCAGGGGUACCUGCUAGUUAUGGGAAAGAAGAGGAUGCCAAAGCCAGCAACAAAGACCAGACAGAGUCCUCCAAGAAAAUUGGUGCCAGUCCCCUGUCUGGUUUUUCAGAAGGUCACAUGGGAAAACUGGUCAUACGGAAAUCGGGACGAACCUCCUUAAUGCUUGGCAAUGUGGUGUUAGAUGUGUCAUUGGGAACCAAAUGUGGGUUCCUACAGGAUGUUGUUUCUAUUCACACUGACAGUGGUGGAAUGGGAGACAUGAGUGUUUUAGGACAUGUGACACACAGACUUAUCUGUACUCCAGACUUUGACUCUCUUCUUCAGGCCAAUCAGACUUAAUAACAAUGGAGUGAUCAUUGUGUGUAGUGACUUUCUGUUUACUUGUGACAUUAGCCUUAACUAGAUAUUGUUGAGAAGGUGACUGUCUCAAAGGAUCCCACUUUUAGUACAAGACAUAAGGAUGAAAGGGACUUGUUGGGGUUUGACCUUGAUCUUUGACUUGCACCAUCCUUGGGUGAGGUAUGAGUCAUAUGGCACCAAGGGGAGAGGAAAUAUGCUCUUGACAAGGAUAUCACACAGAUAUCUGUUUGACUUUGACCUCUGAACUAAAAACUUGGUUCAAGGUCAGCCUUAACCCACAAUGACUGCACGAGCCAGGUAGGAGCCAAGGGGAGAGAAAAGAUGCUCCAAACAAUUUUUAUACGGAGAGCUGCUAUAACCUUGACCUUUGAUUAAGAACAUUAGUCAAGGUCACUGCACAACCUUAACUCAUGGUCGUUUUGUGGCUAUAAUGUGACCAGAUAGGGCCAAGGGGAGAGGAAAUAUGUUUCUUUUUUUUUCAAGAUGUUUUUUUUAUUCUGAUGUUCACUCUAAAAAUUGGUUCAAGACCAUUGCAUUUAACUCUAUUCAUGGACACUAUAGUAUUGUGAUUUCAAGCAAGAUUAGACCAAGGCGAGAAAAAAUAUGUUUGAUUGACCUUUGAUUAUGAAAAUUUGUUCAAGGUCAAGAUAUCUGUGUAAAAUCCUUGCACAUUUUCUUUCCUCUUGGCUCCAUCUGGCUAACACCUUACCCAGAGAGUGCCCAUGGGUAAAUGUGUUUGUCAGAGGUCAAGGUCAAUCUUCAGUUUUAGUAUUUUACAUGUCCCUUUCAUCAUAAUGUUCUUUACUAAAAUUGGGGUACUUUGAGAAUGUGCACCAUCAAAACAAUAUUUAGUUUUAUGAAUAUUUCGAAGGCCACCUUUGAAAUAACCAAACUGUGAAAAAAGAAUCAGUUUUCAAUUAACGAUUGGGUACACUUGUACUGCAGUUCUCUCAGACAUAACCAGAUUUAUAUUGUUUGAUGUUAAUUAUAGUAGGGGGGCUUUAUACUGCUCCUUUUAAAGUUGUAAAAUGAAAUUAUUGUUAAUAAAAUAAUAUUAAAUUAGA